AUGGCUGAAGAACUAGCUAUCAGUACUGCUGCGGGACUUGCAUCAAAUGCUAUAGAGUCGGGAUAUGAUUUGCUUAAACAGCAGUUGUCGUAUGUGUUCAAGUACCAGAGCUAUAUCAACGACCUCAAAAAACAAGUUGAGGAUCUCAGAAAUAAAAGAGAAACAGUAGAAAAACCUGUAGAGUCGGCUGAAAGACAGGGGGAAGAGAUUUAUAAAGCUGUUAAGAAAUGGCUGAGUGAUGUAGAUGAGUUCACUGAAAGGGUAGAAAAGGCUAUCAUUGAGGAUGAGGAUGAAGCAAACAAGGGCGGCUGUAUCAAAUUGUGGUCAUGUCCUAAUUUGAUUCAACGUUACAAGCUUGGAAAGGAAGCAAUGAAAGCCACAAUGGAUGGUGCCGAUUUGCUGGGGAAAGGCAAUUUUAGUAGUGUUUCCUACCGUCCUGCUGUACAGAGGACAGAAUCCAUGUAUGUUAGAGGCUACGAGACCUUUGAUUCUAGAGAGCAAGCCUUUCAGGAAAUUAUGGAGGCAUUGCAGGAUGUUAAUGUUAACAUGACUGGCGUGUAUGGGAUGGGAGGCGUCGGCAAAACCACACUGGUAAAAAAAGUAGCUUGGGAAGUGAAGAAAAACAAGUUAUUUGAUGAAGUGGUCAUUGCUGAGGCAACACAAACCCCAGACUACAGAAGAAUUCAAGAAAAAGUUGCUUCUGAGUUAGGCCUGCAAUUUAGGCAGGAGGGUGAAUAUGAGAGAACUGGUCUACUACGUAACAGGAUAAAGAAGCAGAAGAAUUUACUACUAAUUUUGGAUAAUAUUUGGACAAAACUUGACUUGGAUGCAAUUGGAAUUCCUUUCGGUGGUGUUGAAAGAGACAGAGAUGGGAAGAUCAGGCCAUGCACAAUAUUGUUAACUUCUAGAAAUCGGGAUUUAUUAAGCAAAGAUAUGAAGACUCAGAAGGACAUAUUCAUUGGUCCUCUAUCUUAUGAAGAAGCAUGGAAUUUGUUUCGCAAGAUUGUGGGUGAUGUUGUGGAGAGCUCUGAUUUUCAUCCUGUGGCAGUUGAGAUUGUUAGGAAAUGUGCAGGUUUACCGGUUGCAAUUUUGACAAUUGCAAAUGGAUUGAAAAAUGAGAGUCUUCAUGCCUGGGAAGAUGCCUUGGCUCAACUAAAAAGGUCUAAUCCAACACAUAUUCUAGAUAUGGAUGAAACUUUGUAUUCUACGAUAGAGUUGAGUUACAAAUUUCUGAAAAAUGAGGAAGCUAAAUCACUAUUUCUUCUUUGUGCUCUCUACAAUCCUGGUGAUAGCGUGUUUAUUGAUGACCUAUUAAAAUAUAGUAUGGGUUGGAAUUUGUUCGGCGAUGUUUAUACAUUGGAAGAAGGAAGGAAUAGAUUGCACAGGUUGAUAGAUCAUCUCAAAGCUUCUUGUUUGUUGUUGGAUGGUUACACUUACAAUACGGUUAAAAUGCAUGACAUUAUUCAUGCUGUUGCAGUAUCUAUUGCAUCAGCAGAGAAGUUGAUGUUUAAUAUUCAAAAUGACACUGGCUUGAAAGAAGUGCUGGGGGAGAAAAUAUCAAAAGAUUCAACUGCUAUGUCUUUGCCCUGCAGAAAUAUUAAUGAUGAUCUUCCUGAACGGUUAGAAUAUCCAAAACUGAAAUUGUUCUUCCUAAUUGGUAUAAAUCGCUCUCCACAAAUUCCAGAUGCUUUUUUUGAAAAGACGAAAGAACUCAAAGUUUUAAGACUCAGUGGAUUGCGAUUCUUGCCAUUACCUUCAUCCAUUUCUUUCCUAAAAAGCCUUCAAACAUUGUUUCUGAAAUCCUGCAUAUUAGGGGAUAUAAGGAUACUUGGGGAGCUGAGUAAAUUAGAAAUUCUUAGCUUGGUUGGGUCUAAUAUUAAAGAGUUGCCUGUAGAAAUUGGACAAUUGACUCAGUUGAAGUUGUUAGAUUUGAGCAAUUGUUUCAAUCUUAAAUACAUUGCCACAAAUGUCAUCUUCUUCUUGACUCAAUUACAAGAAUUAUAUAUGGGCGAUAGCAUUGUUCAAUGGGAAUUUGAAGGAGUCAACAAUCAAGGACGAAGAAAUGCUAGUCUUAAAGAGUUGAAACAGUUGUCUAACCUAACAGCUUUAUAUCUUCAUAUUCAAGAUGCUCGAGUUAUGCCACAAGACUUGUUUUUCAAGAAACUGAAAAGUUAUAAAAUAUUUGUAGGAAACAUAAGGAAGUGGUCUAUCAAUUCUGACAUUUCAAUUUCAAGAAUGUUCAAACUCAACAUCAAUGAUAGUAUCCAUUUGGGGCAUGGGGUUAAAAGUUUGUUGAAGACGACUGAAGAUCUCUCUCUAGAGGGCAUCAAUGGUGCUAGAAAUGUUAUUUAUGAACUCAGUGUGGAUGGUUUUCCACAUUUAAAGCAUUUGCAUGUAAAAAAUGAUCUCGAGCUUUCAUAUAUCAUUAACUCAGUUGCUGGGAAAAUAGUAUUUCCCAACUUGGAGUCCUUGAUUCUUAGUAAAUUGAUUAAACUAGAGAAUAUAUGUCAUGGUCAACUCAAUGCAGGGUCAUUCGGAAAAUUAAGGAUUAUAAAAAUAGAAAAUUGUGAUAGGUUGGAGUAUCUCUUUGCAUCUUUUAUUGCAAAAAACCUUGUGCAGCUACAAGAAAUUGAAGUGACUGAUUGUAUGAACCUACAAGAGAUUUUUGGUGAAGAAAAUAAUGACCAUGGUGAUGAAAUUGAAACAAAUGAUGAGACUAAGUUCAAUCAAUUGUGUUCUCUGACACUACAACGCCUACCCAAAUUCAUAAAGAUCGGCUCUGACAUGAGGGUAUGCUUUGAAUUUUCAUCUCUCAUUUUCUUUGUAUGUAAAAAGAAGUAUUCUUAUUAG